GUUGGCAACCGGAUGUGUCAACAGAAAAAAAUGUCAAACAAGAUGUUUGGGAAUUUUGAAAUUUUCGUUUACUGAAGAAAUAAAAUAUUUAAAAACUGGCCUUUAAACAAAGUAAACUUUCAAUUAACUUACACCAUGAGUUGCACUGGUGAAGAAGAAACCACAAACUUUUAUCGGAGUGCUGAUAACAAUGAUUCUGAGUGUUCAGAGAACUUCCAAAAGUUUAUCACUGAGCUUUUUGAAAAAAAUGGUAUUUUGAACGACUUGCGAGCUUAUUUGCGAGGACAUAUCAUUGAUGUUUUAAAAAGUGCUGAAACAGGUGCGCCACCGGCUUGCCAGAAGCAUUUCACCCAACGUUUGGAAUUGGCCUACCAAGCGUUAAACAUGUUGAUAGCUGAAUAUUUGCUUAGAUUAGAAUUCAGCUAUAGCCUCUCAGUGUUUGUAUCUGAAAUACCACUGGCUAAUAUGGUGUUUGACUUUGCGAGGAAUUUCAGGGAAACAGCAGAUACAAAUAUGUCCGGGCUAAGGUUUCAUGAGAAUGAUGUAUGGUCUGUUUUAAAUUAUUUAGGUAUAAAAUGUGAUUCUGUGCAUGCAUCUAAAAUUGUAGAUUUAUACAAGGGUGGGGAAUCACCGCUAUUAUACUGUAUUCUCAAAUGUAUACCUAUGUACCAUAAGGAGCCAAAUUGUAUGGAAGAUGUUGUUACAUCAGACGAAUGCCUGUCUUCGAGCGUCAAAAGCGCCGAGUCGUAUGACAAACCUGCGAAGCGCAUUCAUAGAGGCGAUGCCAACAAAUGCAAACACUAUGCCUUCUGUAAGAGUUGCCAAACCAGAUUACUACGACUGAAAGAGAAAUAUAAAAACAGAAAAAUGAGGAUGGAAAAGAACGAAAAAAAGUCGAGCAUGAAUUCACUGAACAUUCAAUCACUUAUGAACAGCGUUAGUGUGAUGGAAAAAGGUCUAAUUGACGAGAUGUUCCAGCAAGUACAAUCAGUAUACGAGGCCGAAGUGGCAACGAUAAAGGAAGAGGAAGAGAGAAAGAUCAAAAGAUCGAUAGCUAAUCACGCUUUACAGCUACAAAAAUGCAAGGAGGAGAUGGAGGAAUCAUUCAAAGUUCGACAACAAGAGCUAGAAAGGAGCGUGAAUCAAAAGAAGACGUUCCUUUGGGGGCUAGCACGAGCGCUGCGGGACCAGCACGAACACCUGACGCUGGCUAUGAGAGACGUGCAGUAUGAGACGAAAAGACUCGCGGAAAAGGAAUCCAGUAUAAAAACGCAACUUGGCGAAGCGGAGCAAAUACUCAAAAAGCGUGGCGAAGAAAUGCGAAAGCAAAUAUCUGAAGAACUCCUCAUACUCGAAGGCCAGUUAGAGACCAUGAAGAGAGAGCGAGACAGCAUCAACAAAGAAAGAGAUGAACUAGAAAUCCUCAAAAACACUUACGAAAAAAACAGCAAAAUUAUGAAACAUGACAUUGACGAAACUGUUGACUUAAAAACCCAUUAUAAUACCUUGAAAGACGAAAUGGUUAUACUAAGAAAAUAUAUCGAAUCUACUAAGUUGCAGUCUAAAAGUUUUAUAGAAAGAGGCACAGUGAUGGAUUUGGGUGAUGGGGUGAUGAAUAACAGUGUUGGUGUUAAAGGUGAUGAUGAUGACGAUAGACUGAAGGGGAGUCAGGUGAUUAAUGAUCUGAAGAAACAGAAGAAUGUUAAUUUUAGUCAGUCAAACCUGGACGAAAUCUACCACCAACUGAGUCGUUCGCACAGCAGAUCAAUGACCAGCGGUCGUGAAGACAGCGCCACACAUAUACGGGGUUCGGAUCCCGACUGUGGCACGUGCGACGACCGGCUUAGUGAUGGUUAUAACCGCAUCAGUGAGGCGGUUAAGAGUAACCAUUGUGAUAUUUGUCACACUUGUAACCGCGAUGAGGUGUUGCAACUUCGUGAGGAGAAUGAUAGGUUGAAGAUUUUCGCUAGACAGCAACGGGAGCACAUAGACGCCCUGUCCAGCGAGCGCGAGCGUUUACAGGCCCACGUCGGAACCAACUCCCGGCCGCGCACCGCGCCCUCUGUCAUGGGGAACAGUUAUUUCUCGGCGAACAGAAUGAAUCUGACUACAAGCGUAAAUGCAUUCGGUUGCCGCUUGGGCGCAGGAGAGGAACUGAACGUAUUCCGCAGCAGCGAGCCGCGGGUUCUACUCCCGGGGGAUGCACUUCCUUUCAUUGGCGUUCUGAGGGACCGGAAUAUCGAUACUAGAAGGCAUCUGAUAAGCACCUGGCGGGCUCUACGACGACGCCUGUCUACGCACACCCAUCCGAGACACGGCGCGCCUGAACAACGCAGCGCACAAGAAUCUACUGGCAAUGCUGAAGUAAACGGGAGCACUCGCACAACCCAGCUUUUAAAUGCUAAUAGAACAAAUUGUACAACUCUACAGAAAAAUACUAGGGAGAGGCCUCAACGGAUAAUACAAGCGUUCGAUAAACCAAGGGAGAAAAGUCCGAAAUCAGUUUUGCGGGAGGCUAAGGAAAAGUUAAAAAAUAACAUAACAAAAGAACCAGCGGUGCCGAGAGACAAAAGUCCGAACGCGGUCUUACGUGAAGCCAAAAUGCGGCUCCGAAAACUGGAAAUAGAGGCUGAGGCUGUGGAAAAGUCGUAUUUGGACUUUAGGAAACGACAGACAGAGUUGAGGGAGGAACGACAGAAUCUGGUCUUAGCAGAAAACUCCAUGAUGAAAAGUGUUAGCCAAUUAGAAUUAAAACCAAGUCAUACAUUACACAGAAUAAAAAUAACAGAAAACGUAGCAUCCAAUGACACAUUUGACUACGAAAAGUCAACGGAAAAUCUAAAGAAGGACUUCGACAAAUAUCUGCGCGAGUACCAAAGUAAAUUCGACAUAGGACAAACACAUUUCCAGAACAAGAACUCAGUUGUCCAAAGAAUAAAACCUAUUCCGGCACCGUAUGCCGAAAUUUGUAAAGAUACUGAAGAACCGAAAGAAAAAAACGUUAAUUACCUGGAAAAACCGUUAACAGAAUUUAGGAAAUUAUACCAAACUCAAAAUACAAAGAAGAGAAAAGAAAAAGAUGAUUUUCAUUCCAUUCCAAAUUCACAAAAUAACGGUAAUUCUCAAACCAAAAGUCCUAAUAUUCCUAGCUCGAUAGAAAAACCAGAAAGCGACAAAAGCAGUGAAUUGAAAAUCGAAAAGAAUAAACGAGAAAUCAUCCGAAAAAUAAAAGAUAAGCAAGCUGAAUUGGAAAUUUUAAAGCAAAAUAUUAAUAAAAUUUAUCCCGAAACGAGUAAACCUAAUCAAACAGAUUUAGAUAUUCCUGAAAAUAUAGAAAUGGAAAAUUUAGAAGAUAUAGACGAAAAUGCCGGAAAUAAUAAACAAGCUGAAUUGGAAAUUUUAAAACAAAAUAUUAAUAAAAAUUUCGAAACGAGUACACCUAAUCAAACAGAAUUAGAUAUUUCUAAAAAUAUAAUUGAUAGUGCAGAAAUAGAAAAUUUAGAAGAAACUGCAAUCGUUAAUGAAAACGAACUCACAUUACAAGUUGAACAUGUACGUGAAACUAACAACAUAGGUGUUACUGAAUCAAAACAAGACAUUUUACUAAUUGUCGAAAGUACAGUAGAUAAUAGAGAAAUUGAUUCAUCAGAAAAUGAAAACGAAGAACAUAAAAUUUCUACACAAAUGACUAUUAUUAUGAGUCCCAAAGAAAAUAAUAGUCCAAAAAAAACGGAAUCACCUUCUAGAGAACUUAAUACCAAAACAGAAUAUGAAAACGAGGAACCAAAAAUAUCUACACAAAUUACUGUUAUGGUGAGUCCUAAAGACAAUAACAGUUCAACAGAAUCUAAAAAACUUAAGAAACUUACUAAAUUAACCAAUAAUGAUGCUUUAAACGCGAUUUUUGAUGCUGAUAAUGAUAAAGAAUUAUCUAGUGUCGAUAUGCAUUUGGAAUUGGUCAAAGAACAUUUAGAAUCCGAAAUCGACAAGGAUAGACAAGAAGAAUAUCUGGAUGAUUUUUCUGCAGAUGUAGACAAUUAUUACAACAGCAUGUCCGAAGGCGGUAAAAACUCGCCUAUAUCAUUACCAAAAACUUCGGAAGACGAUAAUUUUUGGGACAGCUAAAUUAUCUGUAAACUGGGCUAUAUAUGUAUACCGUUUAACUGAGACUGCUCGUGAGGUAGAAGUUAGAACGGGGGAUGCAAGAGUGACAGUUGACGAAAAACUCAAUUAAAGGUCAAGUCACACAAAGGAUUCCAUACCAUCAUACAAGAAUUAACACUUUAAUUUUGUGAUGUAACCACAAAUUCAACAUUUUCUGAUUUUAUCCCUUUACUUGUGCUAUAAGAAAUUGCUACCUGCCUACAGGGUUGGUAUGAUUUUAGGUCAACGGGAAGUGCCCUAUUGGUUUUGAUUCUCUUGACGAGUCUUGACAGACGGACAGACAAGGGUUUCUUUUUUCUCAGGGGAUACGGAACCCUAAAAACCAAUGAACUCAGCUUCGCUGUCACUCUCCCGCAAAUCGCACCCUACCUCAUGAGUUUUUUCAGUCAAGCGGUUAUACUUAUAAGGUUGUAAACAAUCUCUGAACUACACUAAAUUGACAGGCAUAAAAAAAUUCUGCUAUACUUUUCAUAAUCUUCCCUAACGAAGAAGACAGCAUUACUUUUAAACCUGUCCAUUUAUUUUAGUCAUAGAUUGUGGUCAGCUCAAUUAUCCGCAGAUGUGUGUGAAAUGAAACGCAAAAAAAGUUAACCAGUCAUAAUUUAUUUAUCUAAUGUCGUGAACAUUAAAAUAUAUAAACAUACAUUUUUGUUUUUGUUAUUUACAUCAAUUUCCUCAUCUAGAUAUAAAAGUACAAACAUUCUUUAAACAUAUUUCUAUGAGAGCAACAUUCCAUAUAACGUUAGGCGAUUUGCGAACUAUAAAGGAGUGUCCACUAGCAAUAAAAUUUGCAGAAAAAAAAUUCAGCAAGAAAUUGCAGCAGCCACUUUCCAAUGAAAAACUUGCAGAGAUUGACUUACUGCAAGUGACAUCUGGAAGUUUUAUUGCUAGUGGAUACAACAUAAUAUUAUGCUUAAGAUCACAUUGGCGACUUCACUCGUUUUGUCACUUUUCGCGAAUAAACUGGUUGCGACGCUGCGAGACUAUACAGGGUGUUUGGUAAUUAUUAUAUAAUGACGACACGUACCCAUGCUACUUUGAUCUGAUAAAUACAA